CGGACUGCCCCAAUGUAAGAAGAUGAACACAAUUUUUCUUCGAUCGAAAACGUUAAAAUAAAUUGAACGAUUAUCGCGCUCGUCAGUUUAGUUUCAGACUGGCAUUCCUUUAACCCAGUCACUGGAGUACAUUUCCAAAAUGAUGACCUACCACUUCCACCGUGCAAAACUGGCUUUACUAGCUGUUGUACUGAUUCAAUUCACGGUUCGGUGCGCCGUCGCAGAUGAACUAGACCUCGUCUACCAAUGGACCCAGCUUGGUUCUGAAUCGGAAACGGGUCAACGCGAUAUUCAAUUCGGGACCGAGACGUCGAACAAUGGCGAACAGUUCAACGCGUACGGAAAUCUACCGAUGGGAGUCAGCCAUCACAAGGGUCGUCUGUUCGUGACGGUACCAAGGAGACGUCCCGGAAUUCCGGCGACCCUCGCUGUCAUCGACAUGCGUUCGACCACGGGCGUCAAUAACCCUCCUCUCGAUGGUUACCCGAACUUCCUGAUCAACAGAUUGCACCCCGAAUACGCCGCGGACUCCAGACGUAUCGUCUCGGUCUACCGCACCAAGGUGGACAGUUGCGACCGGCUGUGGUUCGUCGAUACCGGUUACCUGGAAUACCCGGACAAUCCACGGCAGGUGCAACGCCCAUCCCUGUGGGUCAUGAACUUGAACACAAAUCGGCGCGUUCAGCGGUUCGAGAUCCCCGAGGAAAUGGUGGAGUUCGGCUACGGGAUUCCCAGCAUUACGAUCGACGUUGAGCCCGACCGGUGCGAAGACGCAUACGCCUACAUCCCGGACUACCAGUGGCGCAACCUGUACGUGUACGGAUUGGCCCAGAACCGGAUGUGGCGCUUCAAUCACAACUUCCUGUCGUUCGAGCCACGAUUCGGACGCUUCAACGUGGCCGGUUUGCAGUUCGUUUGGAAUGACGGCGUGUUUUCGUUGGCGAUCGGACGAUGGGACGAGAUCACCAAGGAGCGACCGGUUUACCUGCACGCCAUGGCAUCCAUCAGCGAGAUUGUGGUUCCGAAUAGUGUGCUGAAGAACGAAACGUUGGCCCGCUCGGGAGAGGACUACAACGAGCGGUUCCGGCAUCUGGGGCCACGGGGUCCCAAUACGCAAGCGUCGGGACACGCUUUCGACGAGAAGACCGGAGUGCUGUUCUACGCAGAGGUCAACCGAAAUGCGAUCGGAUGCUGGAACAGCGCAACGGAGUUCCACCCGGAGAAUCACGGAAUUGUGCACUUGGACAACAAGGAGAUGAUCUACCCGGCGGAUGUGACGAUCGAUAACGAUGGCAUGAUGUGGGUCAUCUCCAACCGGCUGCCCAUCUGGAUCUACUCGCGGUUGAAUGUGAACGAGUACAACUACCGAAUCUGGCGCCAAAUGCCGGCUAGGGCCAUCAACGGAACCAUUUGUAUGAGGAACUGAGAAAAGGCAGAAACGGCUAUCGAAGACGCAAUGAAAUCAAUAAAUCGAAAGGCUUUCUUUUGAGUCCUAAAACUGUGAAACAAG